CCCAGCCGGGUUUAUGUUUCAUCUAUCUUAUCUAUCUUAUCCAUCCAUCCAUCAAUCCAUCCAUCCAUCUCUAUAUUAUGUAUGAGGCGAGAAGCUGUGCGUGUGUGUGUUGUCUACUUCACCAGAACAAAUGUAUAGUGAGAAAGCAAAGCGUUCCGUGAGAUUAUUUACCAUACCAUAUCGAUUUCUUUUUCUAUCUUCAACUUCCCUUGAAUGGUGUUCCCAUCUUUUUUAUUUAUCUCAAGUGUUCUUCCCAUUGUCCAGAGGAUUAGGCGUCGUUUUCCAUUCGACUGUCGUGUAUGUCUCUUGUCUGUCUGUCUGUGUGUGUGUGUGUGUAUCUAUUCAUCCAUCCACCCGUGCCAUCCAUCCUUCCUUACUACCUGUCUAUCAUUCUAUCCAUCCAUCACUCUACAAUACUUGCCUCCAUUCUUCGAAACGAGUGACACCCCUGCGUUGAAAUCUUCUGUAAUGUGGCUGCUAGUGUAUCUACUGCGAAUCUCCCGUAUUUGUAUUUACCUUUGCUGAGUAUGGCAUGAAUGCAGUUCAAGGUAUCUGUC